GAGCCCUUGAGCACUUUCCCCUCUCUCCACUUCAUCAUGUCUUCCUGCCGCCAACGACGAGGCCUCCUCCCUGCUCUUGCUUCUGCUCUUGUCUUGGGUGCAUUGAGGGGUAUACAGGCGCAGAUCACGAGUAACGCGACGUGCCUUUCAAACUGGGCGGAUUUAUACAACUCGAAAGGCCAGAGUCCAUGUCUUGUAGGCGCAUACUUGGGAGGUGUUUGCAAUGGCGGUCAGUAUGAUGUCGGUGCACUGGAGGACGGACAACAUUACAUCGGGCCUACACCUCUCAUCGCGAAUCCAUGCUUGUGCAGUACGGUAAUGUUCUCAGUAAUGGGCGCGUGUAGUACAUGCCAGAACGCGACGAUCAUCACAUGGUCGAGCUGGUCUUCAAGCUGUGAUACGGUUUAUGUGGCUACGUUCCCCAUGGACAUUCCCUCGGACACUGCUGUUCCAGGUUGGGCGUAUGAAAAUGUCACUGUGACGGGGACGUUCGACGUCAACCAGGCUUUGCAAGACAACUCGCCAGAGUCAACUGCGACCUUCGUACAGCAAACGAAUUCAGGGACUCGGACGAGCGGUACUGCGACGGGUACUGCAACCAGUCCCAUCGGCGACAACGAUGGCAACAGCGGCGAGAAGAAAAAGACAAAUACAGGAGCUAUCGCAGGCGGAGUUGUCGGUGGUGUAGUCGGCCUUGCACUCAUCGCUCUCCUUAUCUUCUUCCUCAUGCGACGAAACAAGAACAAGAACAAAGGAUACGCGAACGGUGGUGCUAAUGUGAAUUUGACUGGGUCGACGUAUGGAGGAUAUAAUAAUGGAUUGGAUAUGGUGCAUAAGGAUGAGUACCAGCCUGUUCCGUAUACGCCGAAUGCGUAUGAUGGGAAUGUACCUGUUAGUGGUGGUGCGAUGGGAAGCCCGCCGAUGGCGCAACAGCAGAAAUUGUAUGACCCGAACGACCCGUCGACGUUCCCCACUUCUCCUGCACCUCCAGGUUCGAUUCCGAACCAGACGACAGGCCAGUCGUUUACUCCCAGUUUCCCGCAGCCGAGCACUCACUCCGGUGUACCAACGCAUGAUUCAAGCCAGGGAGCGUAUCGUGGUGUUGCAGAGAUUUGAGUUGCAUCAGGCAGUCUUAUAGGACCAGAUUAGGCGGGAGAGGAUCCGUUUACGAUUCUACGUCGUUUUUCUUGGAAGGUUUUGAAUUGGGUUGACAUGGCCGAACUGAUGCUAACUCGUUAUCCGACAUCUGACUCUUUCCUCUAUGCUUUCAACUCCUUUCCUUAUCGUGAUAUUUUUGGUUGCACUGAACGGAUAGGACAGUGUGGUUAUCCAUCUCCCUAUCUCGUUGAACAGUUACUCUACUCUCCUCAGGCUCGUUCUUUUUGGAUUACAAAUUUUGUGAUGAACUAUACGACCCAAGCUCCGCGUCGCUGCGACUAAUCC